UCCUUUGUAGUGUCUUUUGAGCUUGAGCUGCCGAUAAUUGGUUGUGAGCUUAUUUCCAGUUAGUUAUUGGACUGAAAUAAAAUAAAAAGGAAAAUGUCAGCAGGGUAUGAGGAAAGUGAACUGUUGAGUGGAUUUCAGGCACAUUUUGAGCAAUUUUCUACCCAGGCGCUGCACAUCACGCAGGAACCUGAACAGUGGACCUCAAUGGCAAUGGUACCUUCAAUAUCUCUGUCUAACAAUUCGAAACAGAGCACCUCAGGCCAGCACGCAGGCUUUAAUUACUGCUGCAGUGCAAACCUUACACAGAAUUGUUUAGAGAAAGCAGUGGCAGCAAUUGAUGGAGCAAAAUACAGUUUAUCAUUUGCAUCUGGCUCUGCGGCUAUGAUGACCAUUGUACAUCUUUUGAAGUCUGGCGAUAAUAUCAUUUGCAUGAAAGGCGUUCAUGGAGGUGCAAACCAAUAUUUCUGCAGAGUUGCAUCAGAAAUGGGUGUGGAAACGUUAUUUGUUGACUGCACAUCAAUGAAGAGCCUGAAUGCAGCAAUCAAACCAAACACAAAACUUGUUUGGAUUGAGACUCCUACUAAUCCGAUGAUGAAAGUUAUUGACAUCAAAGCUUGUGCAGAAACUGCACACAAACAUGGAGACAUCAUUCUGGUUGUGGAUAACACCUUCAUGACAUCGUAUUUCCAGCGUCCCUUGGCACUGGGUGCUGACAUCUGCAUGUGUUCUGCAACAAAAUACAUGAAUGGUCAUAGUGAUGUAAUCAUGGGCCUGGCUUCUAUGAAUCGAGAGGACCUCUAUGAAAGACUGAAAUUCUUACAAAAUGCCAUAGGUGCAAUUCCAUCACCAUUCGACUGUUACAUGUGUAACUGUGGCUUGAAGACUUUCGCCCUUCGAAUGAAACAACACUUCAGGAAUGCACUGGCGGUAGCCAAGUUUUUGGAGGCAGAUCCUCGGGUAGACAAGGUUAUUUUUCCAGGUCUCCCUUCUCAUCCACAACAUGAUCUGAUAAAGCAACAGUGUACUGGGAGUUCGGGUAUGAUGGCUUUCUUGAUUAAAGGAGGCUUGGAAAAUGCCAAGACAUUCCUUAAAAACUUAAAACUGUUCACGCUUGCAGAGAGUUUGGGAGGAUAUGGAAGUCUAGCGGAGCAUUCGGCUACUAUGUCACAUAGCUCUGUUCCGAAGGAGGAGAGAGAUGCCCUGGGGAUAAGUGAUACCCUAAUACGAUUAUCUAUUGGAUUGGAGGAUAGCGUAGACAUUAUCGAGGACCUACAUCAAGCACUAAAAGCUGCUCAUCCGAAUGCAAUUAAACCUGCUGAGCAAAUUAACCUGUGAUUGUUCGCUUGGAGAAAAUGAAUUUUUUUGCUGGAAGAAAGUGUCAAAAAGAACGGUAGCAAAACACUUUGUAUUGUUUAUGACAUUUGAUGAAGCUUCAUGGAAUUGUACCCUUUUAAAAUGGCUUAACCUGUAAUGAGUCGUCACUUAGUCUCAUUAAAUUGUCAGUUGUAAUUGCAUGCAAGCAGAUAAAUUGUUGAUUUAUGUCUCCUGUAAUUUUAUUUACUGGGAAAUUUUGUGAAGAGUUGACUCAACUUAAUUUCCUAAAAUGAGGUUUAUUUUGCUAUGAUGCACUCUUCUCUGGAAUGCUGGCGGGGAGACUAAGAAUUGAUUUCCUUGCUGUAUCAAUGAGGUGAAAUGAACAGUGAUUAGGAAAUUAAAACAAAUUUUCUGGGAACACUCAGCCGGCCAGUCAUUGUCUCUGGAGAGAAACAGAGUUAACAUUUCAGGAAAAUGGCUGUUUAUCUGAACUGGAAAGAAUUGGAGCUGGGAAAGAUUUUAAGCAAGCACAGAGGCUGGGAAAGGACAGCAGAUCUAAGAGAAAGGUCUGCAAUAGGGUGGAAAGUCAGUAGAGAUAGAAUGACAGAUGAUGGUGCAGGAAAAAUGAGAUGGUAGUGGUUUAUUAAAAUGGAUCCCAAAAUAGGAAAAAUGGGAAUAGCUGAAUUGUGACCAACUGUAAAAAUAAACACACUGAAUAAGAUCUGAUUUGUCGCAUUCAAUGUUGAGAUUGUAAGUGACCUUUUGGAAGUUGAUUUGCUAUUCUUGAGCUUACAUUUAGUUUCAUGGGAACAUUGCGGGAGGACAUGAUUGGAGUAAUUGACAGAUAUCAGAAGCUCAUCACACUUGUGAAC